CAUGCCACUGAAUCAUUGUAUGCCUUCCCCGCCAUCAAUCCACACAGUAUUUCCUCCAAUUGAAUCCGCCGCCAGUCCGCAACCAAGGAGGAGCAACGGUGACUAUAAACCUCCUCUUGCACACCCACCUAAUUAAUCAAGGCCGUAUGAGCAAUAAAAGAUAGAUGGACAGUCCAUGGGGCUACCAUAGUACCAGCGGCAACAACUCAGAAAAAUAACAUCCAUCCAUGUUCGCUCCAAAACUUCCGGCGUCUCCUUCGUUAAACCCAUCUGGGCAGCAGGGGGUAAAAACCAUAUUCAUGGAUUCGGUGAGGCGACUGCUGCACCAUUCGUCAUAAAUCACAGGCGGCAUUGUUAUGAAGUUGGGGCGACGGGCUGCAUUUGGUGAAGUUAGGAUGCGGCGGCAGUGGGUGAAGACGGCGUACAAACCCGCCGAAGAAGAAGGAUUCGGCGCACUGAGAAUCGGGGUAAAGAAGAAAGGAACGUGGGAAUGGAAGAAAGAGAAAGAAAUAAAGAAGUUGCAGAUCUGCUUGCACGCAUACAUAGACCCGGCCGGGAAGAAGAAGAAAGGGGGAACCGGAAGAAAGAAAGGGAAAGAGAAAGAUAGAGAGAAAGAAGGAAAAGAAAAUGAAAAAUCCAGGUCAGCACCAUUGUAUAAAAUUACCGGUUGAUCGGUUGCAAACCUAUUAAAAAGUUUAUUUGAUUUUUUUUUAAGUUGGAGUGCUUGAUUGAGUGUGUUUUAGUAUGAGGAUUUAAUUGACUUUUUCAGCAUAGUACAAGGGUCUAUUUGACAGUUUUCUCUUUAUUUUUCUAUCAAAAUCAUCUGCCUAGUUAAU